AUACUAACUUUCCAAAAAGCCCCUUACCAACCUAAACUCAUCAUGCCUCCUAGAAGACAAAAUCCUCCUCGUCAACGAGCUAUUCGAGACAUAGAAAUGGAAGAACUACGUCAACAAAUUCAAAGGCUUCAAGAAAGACUCGAAGCUUUUGAGGGACAACAAGCUCAACACCCGCAAGAUGAACCACAUGAGUCAGAGGAAGAUACUGAUGACAAGAAUCCCUUCCAUCACCUAAGGGAUAAUGAAAGCUCAUCAUCAACAGAAAGAGUUUGUCGUCGACGACGUCCCCAACAAAAUGUUGCUCCCAAAUCCACUGACCUUGGCAUCAAAAUUGAUAUUCUAGAUUUUGAAGGUUGCUUUCAACUAGAUGAAUUUAUCAACUGGUUGCACACUGUGGAACGUGUGUUUGAACUCAAGGAUAUUCCUGAUGACAAGCGUGUGAAGCUCGUCGCCAUCAAAUUAAAGAAACAUGCAUCCAUUUGGUGGGAGAAUCUCAAACGCAGUCAAGAAAGAGAAGGCCGCAACAAAAUUAGAACUUGGGAGAAAAUGCGUCGGGAACUCACUCUCUCCGACUGUCCAAAUAGGAGAGUUGUCACCAUUAUCGGAGGAGAAAUUCAUGAAGCCUCAGAAGAUGAAGCAGAAAAGGAGCAAAAUGAUGAAACUGAGUCACCCCAGCUUGAGGAAGAACUCAUCCCAGCUGACCAUGAAGAAUCUUUGGUUGUGCGUCGUAGUCUACAUGCUACCAUAACCAAGGAUGAAGAUUGGCUUCGACAUAACAUCUUUCACACCAAAUGCACUUCUCGAGGGAAAGUCUGCAAUGUCAUCAUUGACAGUGGAAGUUGUGAGAAUGUUGUGUCAAAUUAUAUGGUUGAGAAGCUAGGUCUGCCUGUCAAAGAUCAUCCCCAUCCAUACAAGUUACAAUGGCUACGAAAGGGAAACGAGGUAAAAGUAACCAAACGUUGCCUUGUCUCUUUUUCUAUUGGUAACAGGUACCAAGACGAAGUAUGGUGUGAUGUUAUUCUUAUGGAUGCUUGUCACUUGUUAGUUGGUCGCCCUUGGCAAUUUGACCGAAAGGCUAUCCAUGAUGGCCAUGCCAACACCUACUCGUUUGUGAAAGAUGGUGUGAAGGUCAAGCUCACUCCCCUGAAACCUGUAGAAACACUUGAAAAGAAGGAUGAGGACAAGGCUUUAAUCUCCAAAUCAAGCUUUCAGAAGUUGCACCAAGAUGUGACAUUUCUUGGAUACAUCAUCACUGCUCAAGGUAUCAAGAUGGACCCCAGUAAGAUUGAUGCUAUUGUCAAUUGGCCUACACCAACAUCGAUGCAUGAUGUUCGAAGCUUCCAUGGCCUGGCAUCUUUUUAUCGGAGAUUCAUCAAGAAUUUUAGUUCUAUUGUUGCCCCUAUUACUGACAGCCUUAAGGUGUUAAGUCAAGAAGGUCAACCCAUUGCCUUCUUUAGUGAAAAGUUGAAUGACACAAAGCUCAGAUAUUCCACCUAUGACAAAGAAUUCUAUGCAAUUGUUCGAGCCUUGGAGCAUUGGAGUCAUUAUCUUCUUUCCAAAGAAUUCAUCUUGCACUCUAACCAUGAGGCAUUGAAGCACUUGAAUUCUCAACAGAAGAUCAGUCGCCGACAUGCUUCUUGGAGUGAAUUUCUACAAGCUUAUCCUUUCCUCCUUAAAUACAAAUCUGGAGUCCAGAAUCGUGUAGCUGAUGCUCUGAGUUGCCGACAUGCCUUGCUUACUUCCUUACAAAUGAAAGUCACUAGAUUUGAAGUGAUCAAGGAGUUGUAUGAGGAUGAUCCUAAUUUAAGCAACAUUUGGCAAGCCACUUCUAAUCAAGCCUUUCAGCAAUAUCAUUGCCAACAAGAUUACCUCUUCAAGGCUGGUCAUUUUGGGAGAGAUAAGACUUUAGCUCUUGUUAAAGAAAGUUUUUACUGGCCAAAGUUGGAGCAGAAUGUCAUUCAUCACAUUCAAAGAUGCAAAGUUUGUCACCAAGCCAAGACAAUCAAUCAAAACACAGGGUUGUAUCAGCCAUUGCCUAUCCCAACUUCACCUUGGGAAGAUGUUAGUAUGGAUUUUGUCCUUGGUCUACCACGAACUCAACGAACCAAGGAUUCUAUCAUGGUCGUGGUUGACAAAUUUUCUAAAAUGGCUCACUUUAUUGCUUGUCAGAAAACUAAUGAUGCUUCUCUCAUUGCUGAGUUAUAUUUUAGAGAGAUUGUGCGUCUACAUGGAGUUCCAAAGACCAUCACUUCAGAUAGAGAUGUGAAGUUCAUGAGUCAUUUUUGGAGGACUUUAUGGAGAAAGAUGGGCACUCAACUCCAGUUUAGUUCUGCUAGCCAUCCCCAAACCAAUGGGCAGACUGAAGCUAUCAAUAAGAUUUUGGGGAAUCUACUACAAAGUUUUGCCUGGGUUCCUUGCGAACCCACCCAGGCGCUAGGUUCCUUACGAACCCAGGCGCUGGGUUCGCAAGGACGCUUGCUUGGGUUCGCGUUCCUUGCGAACCCAGCGCCUGGGUUCGCAAGGAACCAAAGCGUGCUAGGUUCGCAAGGACGCUUGCUUGGGUUCGCGUUCCUUGCGAACUGCGAACCCAGCACCUGGGUUCGUGUUCCUUGCGAACCCAGCACCUGGGUUCGCGUUCCUUGCGAACCCAGCACCUGGGUUCGCGUUCCUUGCGAACCCAGUGCCUGGGUUCGCAAGGAACCCAAGCGUGCUGGGUUCGCAAGGACGCUUGCCUGGGCUCGCAUCGAACCCAGCAUGCCUGGGUUUGGUGGAACCCAACACGCUUGGGUUUGGUUCCUUGCGAACCCAACGCCUGGGUUCGCAAGGAACCCAAGUGUGCUGGGUUCACAAGGAACCCAAGCGUGUUGGGUUCCUACAAACCCAGCACACCUGGGUUCCUUGCGAACCCAGACGAGGAAGGCAAGGUGCUGGGUUCGAAAUCGAACCCAGCAGGCGGUGGGUUUCAUUUCAAACCCAGCGGGUGCUAGGUUUGAGCAGCUGCUGGGUUCUUGCAAGUGAGGCUCUGGGUUUCGUUUCGAACCCAGUAGCAGUUGGGUCAAGUAUCUAUUGAGUUUAAUCUGUUGAUUUGUUGUGUUAUUCUCGAAUUUAAUAUUAAGAGUUAGGGUUUGUAGAAGGUUAAAGGAAAGGGAGAGGAAGAAGAAAGGGAAAAAGGAAAAACAAACGAAGAAAAAAAAAAAGGAAUAAGAAAUUUUUUAAGAUUUUUUUCUUGCCAUCUCAUUUUUUUUGGCAAUCUGUACAUCCUAGGUGUCAAAAUGCUUGUACAUGUCAUCGUUUUCCCGUCAAGUAACGAGACACGUAGGUUGAUAUUUGACGGAAGGACCAAAUCGGGAUAAAAAUGGUAAACAAUA